AUGGCACAAAGUUCAAAUAUCUCGAGAGCAAGAUAUAGGAGAACUGUACCAUUGUGGGAACGCAUCACAAGUUGGCCGAGCGAUAAACUUGUGGAACUUCAAGAAGACUGGGCGUUAAAAGAUUGGGACAAGAUUGAACACAAUCUUAGUUUACCACUUUCGAUAUUUUUGAAUGGUCUAUCAAUAUUUCUGAGACUCGGUCUUCACCCUACGCGUUCCUCAUUGGCGUUUUGGGCACGUAUUUUACAAUGGUUUGAAUGGUCAUUAUUUUUAUUAAGUAUUGUAAAUACGAUGUAUGUUUAUUCUAGUUCAAAAAAGUACCAUUUAUUUGAACGCGAAAUUAAAGAUCGGCCAAAUAGUCCAAAUGCGCAUUUGCAACUAUUAGGUGGUAUCCCUCCUUCUUGGGCACUAGGGUUUCCCGGAAACAUAUUAUUUACUUUGUUUCGUCGAUUUACUUCAAACAUAAUUCGAGACGAACGUCAAUGUGUUUGGGUGCUUGCAAUGUGGGAACCCCCCGUUCUCUUUCUGGACAUUUUUUGUUACUAUUCUCCUGCACAAGUAUUAAUCCUUCAUUACCUUGAUUGGGAUAAUUGGCGAUAUAUCCUCCCUGCAGCAGCAUUUAUUGGACUUCACGUGGACAUGUUUAUACCUCAAACCGGUUAUUUGAUAUCUUCUCGUGCUCAACAGCUCACAAUUUUAGUCAGAGCAUUUCAAUCAUUAAUCAAAGAUAAACAGACAGUUUUCGGCGAAGUCUAUAACGAAUACAAUAUGAAAUUAGUUUAUCCUCACCUGUUCGUUCGUAAGUAUGAGGUUUCUACACAAACCGUUCCCGUUUCUGGCUGGACUAGUUAA